AGAUGUCGCGGAAGACUGCUGCUCAAUCACAGCCCUGGAACGACUCCCACAAUCAGGGCCACUCCGGGACAUCUCACUGCACCGUUCCUCGGGGUCCUCUGACCACCGUGGCAUCUCAUCGGCUGUCGAGACAUUUCCAUUCUCACCGCCAUGACUGCGCACCUCUGCUCCGGACUCCUACCGGUCCGCUGAGUCACGGUGCCGAUGCAGUCCACUCUAUCGAUCCGGAGGCGGCCCCGGCUCGGCGUGGCCUUGGCUCGGCCGCCGCCGGCGGCUGCACGCCGGCUAUACGUGAGCCGGCAGCCGGCAGCGCGCGCCAGUCGCCCGUCUGAGCUGCACCAGAGCUGAACUGAGAGGAGCGGGACACGUGAGCGGCAGCAUGGGAGUCAUCAGCGAGACCAAACACCUGACUACAGGCUCGGAGUGCCCUCCGCUGAAGCCGGGCACGCUGAGAUGCUACUCCAUGAAGUUUUGCCCGUACGCCCAGCGUACGAGGCUGGUGCUCGCCGCAAAGGGCGUCCCCCAUGAGAUCGUCAACAUCAACCUGAAGGCCAAGCCCGAGUGGUAUCUCGCCAAGAGCGCCACCGGAGGCAAGGUGCCCGCUCUGGAGCUGGACGACCGCUUCACGACGGAGAGUCUAAUCACGUGCGACCUGCUGGAGGAGCUGUACCCUCAGCCGGCCCUCUACCCGACCGACCCGUGGCUCAAGGCCCGCGACCGCCUCAUGGUCGAGGUCUUUGGCUCGGUCAGCAGCCUCACGUACCAGAUGUACCGCGCCAUGGGAGACGCCCAGAAGAUCAAACAAAUCAGCGAAGACUUCAACACAAAACUCCAGAUCUUUGAGAAGGAGCUGGUGGAGCGCGGCACGCCGUUCUUCUUCGGCGACCGUCCGGGCAUGCUGGACCUCAUGAUCUGGCCGUGGGUGGAGCGUUUCCCGGCGGCCCGCAAACUGGGCGUCACCUCCCUGCCCACGGGAGAGAUGCCGCCGCCGCCCCCCGAGAUCAAACACUUCCACGAAUGGGUGAUGAGGAUGACCCAGCACCCGGAGGUGAAGAGCUGCAGCGUCACCACCGAGGACCACAUGAAGUUCAUCAAGAGCUUCAUCGCCGGCAACCCGGACUACGAUAUGGAAAUCUCGUCCGUGUAAUCGUCGCCGCCCAGGGUUAUGUGAAGCGGGCUUUCGGGGCUGGAGUGGGUGGUUUUGAAUUUUUAUGUGGCGCACAGUCCAUACCCCUGUGAAUUGUGCGAGUAGCGACCACACGGCCAUACACUCUUAGUGUGAACCAAACGAACUGUAACUCGAUUCCAUUUAUACUAUCCAGUUGUUCUAUGUGUGAUCUCUAUGUGGAUGUUUUGUCGUAAUACUCCGCUGUGUAUCGUCGUUACUUCUCUGCUGAUUAGGGCCAGUGACUCGAGUGUCAAGACGUCUUCGUGCGAUGUGAAACUAUACUGAAUUGCUUAAAUAAAGUCAGCAAUUUAAACAGAAA